CACUUGUCGCGCGGAAUCCCUCCGUCACGUUUUCGUUUCUGCUACGAAGCCUAGAAACGAUUUUCAUUUGUUGGAGUCCGUCGCCGCUGGCGUACGUGACAAAUGUCGAAAAUUCGAAUUUCGCACUCUUUUGACAGACGGCGCUGCGAUCGCCGCAACUCUGGAGCACGAGCUGGAACGCCACCUCGGCGAGUCUAUCAGAGUCUAUCGCAAGGGACGACGCGCUGCCGCUCAUAGCAUCGGACUGCAUCGGACGACGACGACGACGGUGCGUGUAUGUGUCAUCAAGAGCAGUGAUAUUCACGAUAGAAUUUCGCGGACGAUGGUACUGAUGCAGGGAGAGGUGAUCCCCGGAUGUGCCUGUCGUCUAUAACAAAUUCAACAAUGGCUAGUAAUUCAAGAGGGAUACCACGUAUACAGGUCUUUAGACCGACAUACGAUGAAUUCAAAAAUUUCACGAAAUAUGUGGAGUAUAUGGAGAGCCAGGGAGCUCAUAAGGCUGGUUUGGCAAAAGUGAUACCACCACCCGAAUGGAUCCCGAGGAAAAAAGGCUAUAAUCUAGAUGAGCUAGAUCUUGUUAUUCCAGCGCCGAUCUGCCAAGUUGUCACUGGAAAACAGGGGCUUUAUCAACAAAUUAAUAUCCAAAAAAAAUCAAUGUCCGUACAGGAGUAUAGUAAGUUAGCUAAUUGCGAUCGUUACGCUACUCCUCGUCAUUUUGAUUAUGAAGAUUUAGAGAGAAAAUACUGGAAAAAUAUAACGUACGUAGCGCCGAUAUAUGGCGCGGAUGUAUCUGGUUCCUUAACGGAUCCGGACGUGAAAGAAUGGAACAUCAAUCAUUUAGGAACAAUUCUGGAUUACGUUAAUAAGGAUUACGGUAUAUCCAUCGAUGGUGUCAAUACAGCUUAUCUGUAUUUUGGAAUGUGGAAAACUACAUUCGCCUGGCAUACGGAAGAUAUGGAUCUUUAUUCCAUAAAUUAUUUACAUUUUGGCGCGCCGAAAACGUGGUACGCUAUACCGCCGGAGCAUGGACGUAGAUUGGAAAGACUCGCCAGUGGUUUUUUUCCAAGCAGCUAUCAGAGUUGUCAGGCCUUCUUGCGUCAUAAAAUGUCUUUAAUAUCUCCCCAAGUAUUAAGACAAUACUCUAUUCCAUGUAACAAAAUAACGCAAGAAGCUGGAGAAAUAAUGAUUACAUUUCCAUAUGGUUAUCAUGCUGGUUUUAAUCAUGGAUUUAAUUGCGCCGAGUCCACUAAUUUUGCAGCACCUAGAUGGGUAGAAUAUGGAAAGAGAGCUACGCAAUGUACCUGCAGUAAAGAUAUGGUUAAAAUAUCUAUGGAUACCUUUGUGAAACGUUUUCAACCAGAUAGAUAUAAUUUGUGGUUACGUGGUGAGGAUGUUGGUCCCCAUCCUGAGGAUCCUAGACAGACUGCCGCACCAAUGCCGUCACAAAUGGAUCUGUUAUGUAGCAAUAGCAGUAAUGGUGAAUUACCACAUGGCUACUUGAAUGCAAUGCCAAAAAAUAAGCGACAUAUGAUUCAUAAGAAAAAGUCCAUUACAAGUACUAGUGUUAACAUGAAUGAAUUUGUGCAUACGGAUAUUCCUCCAGAAGUUAAAAAGGCCUUACAAGAUCUCGAAAAUGAAGAACAAGAAGAUCAACCACAAGUAGAAGUAGAUGAACAACAAUUUGAAUAUCUGGAAGAUAUUUGGUUGAAAGCAGGAGAAAUUGAUGUUGAGGAAGCAACUGUAUGUGAUGACGGUUAUAAUCGUAAGAAAAACAAGAAAAGAAAGAAAAAACAAACCGGAGAUAAAGAGAAAAAACCAAAAAUAGAAUCAAAACUUAAGCAAGAAGUUAGCAAAAUUAAUACGCAAGAUGCGAAUAUGAUUAAAAUUGAAAUAAAAGAAGAACCUACAUCCAAUGAUUUUGAAUAUGGAUCUCAGGAAAACAUGGAAGACAUUCCUGUGCCUCAAGGAAGUUAUAAUGAUCAAAUAAUUAUAGAAAAUUCUAUAGAUCCUCUAAAAGGAAUGGAAUCUCUGAAUGGUAAUUCUCCGAAUGGUAAUUCUUUGAAUGGUAAUUCUUCGAAUGAAAAUUCUCUGAAUGAUAAUUCUCCGAAUAGAAAUACUCCGAAUGGUAAUCCUUUGAAUGAUAAUCCUUCUAAUAAUUGUAAUCUUUCAAGAAUUAUUGAAAAAAAUUCUCAAAAAAGAAAGAGGCCUCCAACCCGAAAACCUAGCGAACAGAAAAAAGCGCAAUCAAAACGCGCAACUACAAGAAAACGCAAAUCCAGCAAUGUAUCAUCUACAAACGUUGCAGAUGCCACUGUGCAAUGUGAAACUUUAACCAAUUUUAGCAUUUAUAACGCAACAAAUAUGCCUAAUAAACAAGAAAAAUAUAAUUUAAUGCCUGUAAGCGUUUCGCUUAGUAAUACACUUAAUAAAAUAGCUACGAAUAACCCCGAUCAGUUAAAGAAUCUUUUAUCUAACGACGACAAAAAGGACAUGGCAAAAUUAAUGAUUACUGCUGCGGGAAGUAAAUCAGCUACUUGUUCAUCAACAAAUGACAAAAGUGAUGCUUUAAAAAUGAAAUUUACAAAUGCAAAUGUCGCAAAGAAUUAUUGUGCCAUUGGACAUCAGAACGGAAAAGCCGUUGCGGCCACUCAAACAAAUCAGUCUACAAGUACAAAUUACAAAAAUAUAGGCGCAAUGUCUACAGAAAAUACAUUAAUGAAUAAUCCCAAUCGCAAGAACUUGUUAAAAGCACCUCGUUUAAGACUGCCACUGCCCUGCACAAUUUCUAAACAAGAAAAUUAUAUUGAAAAUCAGCAAACCUCGACAAUGGAAUUGCCAAUAAUUAAUCUAAUUAAUCGAUCCCAGUUAGUUAACAUCCCAUUCGCACAAUCUUCCCAUCCACCAGUUUUACAAAAGGAAACUACAUUCGAGCAAUAUGCAGAAACCAAUAGUACAGUUCAAAAUACUCCACCAUUAUUAGAUAAUAUUCCAUUAGACUUCCAGGGACUUCCAGAUGAUACUGCUAUUACUCAGGUGCGUAACCGCGGAACCUCUGUAUUUCCCAAUACGUUUCAGCGCUCUAUACUUCCCAGUACUAGUCGGCAAAUAUUUAAUCGGCAUAAUGAUACAAAUUUCAAGAUUGGAAUGAGACAUACUCUGGGAAAUGCACCCUGCACGAGCAACAGUAUUGAAAGAAUAGCAAAAUCGUGCUGGCAAAACAUAUAUUCAAACGCUCCUAAACCAAUUCAACCAGCUCCAAUGAGAAAUUCACAUGCUUCAAUUUCUCCAUAUGCAAAUAUAUCAAUAGGACAAACUAAUAUAACGCAACAUAAUCCGUAUUCAGUGAACAAGGAAGCAUAUCCACCCGCUCAAAUUAUACCUGUACCAUCUGCAUUAUCUAUAUCAGCGAAUAAUUUCCAAACUACUGAAGUGCCGUUAAAGUUUUUAAUUAAACCUCUAAGCAAUUCAAAACAAACUACGUCAAGAGUUAUUAAGAAUCCAUCGCGCCAAAGGUCCCAAAAAGGCACACCACGUGUCAGGAAACCAUCGGCAAAAAAUAAUAAGUCGAAUAAUAAUAUGUGUUCUCAAGUGAAUACUUCCAUUGAAACUCAAGUUAGUGAUCCUGCUUGGAUAUCUAGAAAUCUAUCCGAUUCCAACUCUUUAUCGCAUAAUUCAAGUAAACAAAACGCAUCACAAAAAUUACAUCAUGAAUUAAAUGAGCAUUCGAAUAUAUCUCACUGUAAAACACAAGAUUUACAAAAGCAAACAAAUAAGGUUUGUUUACCUGCAUCUAAACAAGUAAAACGAACGAAAAACCAACCACCUAUUUUAAGGAAGACUAAAGAAAAAAAAGCUACAACAAGAAGAAAAUCGGCGGCUCUCACUUCUGCGAAUACUAAGUCUAUUAUUCCUAUGAACGCUUCUGCGAACAUUGCUUCUGUGGGUAUUCCUUCUGCAAUCAUUAUUCCUGCAGCUAUUACUAUUGCUCCUGUGACUACUAUUACGGCUGUUGACCCAACAGCUGUUGCUUCUGUGAUUGAAACUACAAAAGAUCAAGUGCAAUCUGCCGAUCAAGCGCAGUCUGCUGAUCAAGCGCAGUCUGCCGAUCAACCGCAGUCUGCCGAUCAACCGCAGUCUACCGAUCAAACGCAGUCUGCCGAUCAAAUGCAAUCUACCGAUCAACCGCAGUCUGUCGAUCAAGCGCAGUCUGCCGAUCAAGCGCAGUCUGCCGAUCAAGCGCAAUCUGCCGAUCAAGCGCAGUCUACUGAUCAAACGCAGUCUGCUGAUCAAGAGCAGUCUGCUGAUGUAUCACAACUCUGUGGUUCUCAGUCAAUAUCGAUAAUACCAGGGCAUAUUUCUGAGAUGAUUUAUCCGAGUGAACGAAACAAUGAGCUGCUAAAAGCGUUCAAUGAUUAUUGGAGCGCUCAAGAGUCCCAUUGUGCAAUAUGCACUACUUUUGCCUUAAGUACAAAUGGAAAUAGUAGGGUGAUGCCACCUGAUUGGAAGUAUUGCAAAUCAACUACGUUACCUGAGAAUACACCAAUAUGGGUGUCGGCCAAUAUUUUUGCAGCAAACUCUAAGGAACAGGCUGUGGAAGCAGAGAAUAACAAACUUUUACGAUGCAGAGAGUGUCACGUAACCGUUCAUGCAUCUUGUUAUGGUAUAACUAUAUUACCUACGGAUGUCCUGAAUUGGGCAUGUGACAUGUGUAAAGCUGGUAGAAAUGUGAUGUGUUGUUUGUGUCCGAUGUUUGGUGGUCCUUUGAAACGUACCAGCGACGGCAGGUGGGCGCAUAUCUUAUGCACGCUUAUGAUACCAGGAGCCACAUUCAAGGAUGCUAUAAAUAAAGAUCCUAUCAACGUAUUAGCGAUCGCGGAAAACUCGUACAAAAAGAAAUGUGGUUUCUGCGGACAACAGAAUGGAGCAUGCGUGAAGUGUAAUCAGUGCAACAAUCUGUUUCAUCCGUCUUGCGGUCUCGCUGCAGGCGCUACGUUUACCAUACCGCUGUAUAAUUCAUAUGAACUUCAGGUAACGUGUAACGAACAUAAUAAAGACAAAGAACAAAUCCCACGGAUAUGCCAGGGGGAAACAGUCUGGGCAAAGCAUCGCAACAAGCGAUAUUAUCAAGCUACAGUAGAGGCUAUCGAGGAUAAUCUCUUUUACGCGGUUACAUUUAAGGACGAUAAUAGCUUUAGCGAUGAUCUCUAUCCCUCAGAUAUAAUUGACUAUGAUCCUGGAAAUAUGCCUUCAAUUGGAGCCUUGGUGAAGGUGAAAUGGACAGAUGGUAAAAUGUAUGACGGUAUCUUUGGAGGUACAAAUCAUCGACUAAUGUUUACUGUGAUUUUUGAGGAUGGUUCCAAACUUGUUUUAAAACGUAAUGAUAUCUACAGUUUACAAGAAGAUAUGCCAAAAAGAGUACGUUCUCGUCUGUCUGUUGCGACUGAAAUGAAGCACCGAGCUCACCUAUAUGGCACAGAAGACGAAACAGAGGCACAAAGAAAAGUGAAACAAACGAAAAAUUAUGAUUGAAUUGUAACGAUUUGAUGUAAAUAAUUAUUAAGAGAAGAGAGUAUAGAAAAAUCCUGUUAAUAAGUCUUGUUGUAAAUAGUAGAUAUGAAAAUUGUUUUAUAAUCGUAAUUGUCUUCUCUCCAAAUCGAUUACUCAAUUUCAGAUCGAUCGAACAGUAUAAAAAUUUUUGUUUUAUGUCCAAUAAUUUGUGCUUUAGUUAUUAACUCAUAUUUUUCAACGAUAAAAAUAAUUAUAAACAAAUUUCUUAUGUGUUAAAUUAUUAGUUUACAGUGCUUAUGUAAUUGUCAUAAAUGUAUUCUGUAUCGUACAUAAUUGGACUAUUUUAAUGUUUAUUAGAUUAAUUCGCUUACACGCACACACACACACACACACAUACACGUGUACGUAUGUAUGCACAUUCAUAUUAUGUAUACUUGUGUACCUAAUAUCUUAACGGCAACAAUGGAAAGUAUUGUGGAUUGUUAUUAUGGACAAGAAUAUUUUAUGACGAUCUUUUCAUCUGAGACUGAUUGAAUCGUAUAUACAAAAAAAAUGAAAAAAA